AUAAUUUGCGUAAAAUCCCUCGCAGCACUCAUGUUUACAAAGUGGACUUGGAACUAUAUAAUCGUAUCACUUCAAUAAUAAUUACUAUAGUUUACUAAUUUCUUUAUCGCGUAAUUAAGUGGUGCAUUAUCUGUAGUUACGUCUCAAGUUAUUAAUAAAUAAGAUUGUAGUUAAAAGUGAUAAUGAUGGUUGCCAUGAAUGUUAAGAGUUUGUGUAUUUUUGUGUUGGUUUGUGUGAAGAGUGUCAGCAUGGUGGUGGUGCUGAACGGGGUGCUGGCGGAGGAGUGCCCCACGUCGGUGCGCGCGCUGCUGGCCGCGCACCCCGGCUACCGCGACGCGGCCGCGCAGCUGCUCGCGGCCGCGCCGCGCGUCGUCGGCACGCCCGGCCUCCUCUACGUCGCGCAGCGGGAACUGGCCGCCGUCGUGCCACACGACAAAAAUGUAAAUAUCAUCGGUUCAGAUGACGCCACAUCAUGUAUUAUAGUUGUUGUGAGGCAUUCAGGAUCAGGAGCAGUCGCCCUAGCGCACCUCGACGGCUCCGGCACGGCAGAGGCCGCAGCAGCCAUGGUGGCCAGGGUCCAGCAGCUAGCAGUCGGCUACCCUGAGGGCAGACUCGAGCUGCAACUGGUCGGGGGCUUCACCGACCCGCACAGAUACUCCGAUGAGCUAUUCGCGAAUAUCAUGUUGUCAUUCCACCGGCUGUCGGUGGAGAUCGACCUGACGCUGGCGUGCUGCUGCGAGCUGAACACGGCGCUGGGCGGCGGCGCGCCCGCGCCGCUGGUGACGGGCGCCGGCGUCGACGUGCGCCAGGGAGACCUGUUCCCCGCCACCUUCCCCGACAAGGGACCAGAGCAGCCGCUACGAGGAGCCAGGACUAUCACCGGAGGGCCACAUUCCGCUCAGGUGUUGGACAUAUACGACAACGCGGUGGGCAUGCUCCGCAUCGGGCCGUUCAACUACGACCCGCUGCGCGGCGUGGACCUGUGGCUCGAGCAGUCGGACGACUUCAUCCUGCAGCACCUGAGCACUACUCCGGCUGUGGAGCCUCCACACUUCGUACAUCACAUCCGCGCCACGCUGAAGUUCAUCCAGCAGCACCCGUUCCCGGCCGUGACCGUGUUCGCCGACAACCGCCCGCACUACUACCGCCGCGACGAGCAGAGCGGCUGCUGGGCCCCGGUCCGCUUCUAGGCGAUUAUAUCCGGCGAGGGCAACCACCCACCGCCGUGAUGGACAAAGCGGUGGCUAGCUCUCUCCAUCACGGCGGUUCUAACCGGUUCUAAGGAGCGGUGCCGUUCCCAAACAAUCGGCCACCCUAUACCGGCGCGAAGAAUAGAAUGGUUGCUGGGCUUCGGAAUGGUUAAACCGGACUAUAACCGGUUCUCGAGGGCUAUGUGGAUUACACUAUAUUGCCGUGAUACACGGGGCGGCUAUUAGACCUAGGUUCGAUUUGAACCGAUAAUGUCUCGAUAGGCUAUAUUGUACUAUUUAGCCGGUUCUCACCUGUAUACGACAUUUAAUAAAUAUUCUCUGGACCGAGGAAAAAACUUAUAGCCUCUAACAUUUGUCAGAAUGACAGAAUGUUAUGUUUAAGUACACUGAAUAAAACAGUUCAAAUGUGGCCGGCAAAAAUACAUACAUAUACAAAGCAUAAUAAAAUAAACCGCACAAAUUGUUUGUAAAUGUUGAUAUUAUGAUCUAUCCUAUGGCACAUCAAAAUUCCCUACAGAUAAUAAUUCAUCUACAGGAGGGUUCCAAGCGGAUAAUAUAAAAAAAAUUGAAAAUGAUAUAAAGAUUUCCCAGUUAAAAUUGGAUGCCCUCAACGCGUAACAGUCUUCAAUUGUGUUGCCGUAUUCUCCAAGCUCAGUGAGCUCUAAUUAAAACUUAUGUACCAAUGUCACGGCUGUUGCGCUUUUUUGAACAGGACUUAAUGCUAAUAUGACAUUAUAAAAUAAAUGAAAAAAAAAGUAGAAAUCACAAACAAAUGAGCAAAAUAAAUAAUACUUGACCGCAUGCGGCCCCAUAAUAUUUGUGAAGUUUCCUAUUACCUACUUAUGAAUUAUCUAUGAAUCUAUGACAAUUGUGCUGAAUAGGUACUGCACAUUAUUAAAUGUGAUAAAUAAACUAUUAGUAUGUAAUAAUUAUUAUAGAGUGACGUUGUUCAUAUGACGGAAUAGACAUUAUGCAAUGCUGGUUCAUUAUUUAUGGCACAGACUAGUGACAAUCAAUAUGAAACCGCUACGGACCUCAUAUGAUUGGCAUAUGUUCAUUGUUUUUUUUUUUAAUAAUUUAAACAACGGAACGAAAUGUUACAAUAUUACAAUUUACUGUAUGGUUUCAAUUGUUAACAAUAUAUACAUAUGUGGCUUUCCCUCAGAGAAGGGUUCUUAUGCUUCAUGUGCAAUAAGGACGUUUCCACGUGAAAUUCCAACAGAUUUUCUGCCAAUAACGUCCUUAUUGCACAUGAAGCAUAAGGACUUUUCUCUGAGGGAAAGCCACAUAUGUUCAUGUUUAUAAUAAUCAAUUAUUACAUUUUGUCUGUAAAACCGUAUCGUUUGGUAUAAGGAGUGUUGUUUUAUAGGUGCGGUUAUAAAUUGAGUAAUAUGUUUUAGUGGUGUAUUCCCAUUUGUCCCCGCGGGGACCAGAUGGGAAUAGGAGCAUUCAUGUGAACAAUUCUCAUCUGUCCCCGCAUUAUGUGUGGCACGUGGGGCGGGCACGAAUGGAAAUACACCGUUUUUGUCUGUAAAUAAUAUGACAUUAAUUUUAUUUACUAUUUUUGUUAAGUUAACUAUUAUUUUGUAUAUUUUGGCUUACCAUGACUGCAGGCUUCUUUUAAUUAGUUAAACACAGAGUGGGAUUAGUAUUCGGGUUGGCAACAUUCGCAAUAUAUUUGUGCACAUUUUUGUAAUUAUGGCUGGACCCCUCCAUAUAAUUUAUAACCUUAAAACGCAAACAUGUAGCCUAAUGAAAUAAUAGCUGUCACCGUACCCAACUAAGUGGAAAAUACUAUACAAUAAGGGCCCGAUUUAAGAGUCCGCCUAAGCUAACCCUUCACCGACUUUGACAUGACAAAAGUGUGGAGGUACAGUCGACGUCAAAGAUUUUCACCUUAUUAAAAAGGAGUCAGGUGUAAGUGUAAACAUAUCUUUGACGUCGACUGUACCAUUAUAAAAGUCAUACAUAAUUACAUAUUUAUAGUAAUUUCAUGCUUCAUACAUUUCCUUGUUUAAACUGUUAAGUAAACAAAGAAAAGUCUGUGCAAAGUUAGCUCGGUCCGACUCCAGCCAGCUGACAGCAGGUUGUGUUUCUGUCAGAAUAUUUAGUAGUGUAUCUAUAACACUGUUGUACUUUUAGUUGCCAGUAGUAGUAAUAAUAUUUUUUUAAUGGGUAAGAUUUCCCUAUUCUAAAGUAAAGACGCUAAGCACGAAGAAUUUCGUACAUUGACCCGCCUGUUCCUUGUUCGCCUGUUCUCGCGCAUAUAAUUAUAUUGCUGUCUCGCAUGGGCGGGACAGCAAUACAAUUACGUGCUUGCGAUAGAGAUAGAAACAGGCUGGUCGAUGUAUGAAAUUCUUCGUGUUAACGUCCUUACUUUAUGAAACAAAGCUAUGAAAUUGUAUGUCGUCACUAUGAUAGAAUGACAUACCUAUUGAAUUGACAUAUAUUAUGUAAAUUAGCCUCAGACAAACUUGAAAGAUGAAUCUUGUAAAUAAUAUAGUGAACAAUUAGUUAUAAGUUAGUUAAUGUCGUUAAUAGUUAUUGUUUUGUGAAUUAUAAUGAAUAUAUUGAAAGUUCAAAAGUU